AUGGGAGAGGAGGUUAAUAGUCCUGCAUCUGUGCAUCCCUCUCAAAAGGAAGUGGAUGACACUGCUGACAAUUCUAGAACUAUUAAAAGGUCACUUUUGGAUGAGUUUUCAUCAUCCAAAAGUGAUUUUCACACAAGGAUGAUCAGGGAACAAGAUAUUAGAAUGAAGACAUCUGUUACAAAUUUUGAUAUAGCGAUUGAUGAUGUAAGGCAGAACUCCGAUAUUGGAACAUCCUCUGGUGAAGCACAUGAUGAGUAUUGUGAUUUGGGUGAUGCAACCAAUAUUUGCGUCCAUUGUGGGGCGUUGUUUUGGUUCGAAGAAAGGAAGAAAAAUUAUUCCACUAAAGGUUCACCGAUGUUUUCGUUGUGCUGCAACAAUGGGAAGAUUAAGUUGCCGGCGAAUACGUUGCCAUCAAAAGGUAUAUUUGAUCUAUUUUUCGGCAAUGACGAAUUAUCAAAAAAAUUUCUCCAGAACAUCAGAACCUACAACAACAUGUUCUGCUUCACAUCAAUGGGCGGUAAAAUAGACACGAGCGUGAACAAGGGAGGCGCACCACUUGUUUUCCGAUUAAGUGGACAAAACUAUCACCUAAUGGGCAGUCUCCUUCCAGAAGAAGGCAAAGCACCGCAUUUUGCCCAGUUGUACAUAUACGACACGGCAAAUGAAAAGAACAACCGUGUAAAUGCUGUGAGAUGCAAGGACAUACAAUCUGCCGCAAGUGUCCGAAGUAGCAUUGGAGAUCUGGAUACUAGUAUUGGUGAGCGUGAUAUUGUGGUUCAAGCUAAGGGUGGGCAAUUGCAGAGAAUCAUUGAAUUAAAUCCUUCAUACCUGCCACUGCAAUACCAACUGUUGUUUCCAUAUGGUGAAGAUGAUUAUCGGGAAGACAUUGCAUUCUCGAACGUACUCGGCAACCGUUUCGCUGGUGGUAGACAGAGGAUUAGCCCCAGGGAGUUUUUUUGCUAUCGCAUUCAGACUAGAGAUUCAACUCCGAGUACCAUUCUAUUUGCAAAGCGGUUGUUCCAACAGUUCGUUGUCGAUGGAUACACAAUGGUUGAGUCAGGAAGACUCAUUUAUAUUAGGACACACCAAAAAAGCCUAAGGUGUGAAACAUACAGUGGGUUGACUGACGCUUUAACAAGGGGUGAAGUCAACCCCGCAGCACAAGGUCGAAGAAUAAUACUACCUUCAAGUUUUACAGGCGAUGCUCGAUACAUGAUACAAAACUACCAGGAUGCCAUGUUGGAUUCCUUGAUAGCUGAUUGUCGAAAGAAUAAACUUUUUGGCUCUGUGGCGGGAGUUAUAUAUACAAUUGAAUUCCAAAAGCGAGGUCUUCCGCAUGCUCAUAUAUUUCUUUUUUUGGAGAAAAAUAAAGAAGUUAGUCAAGUGGUUACUCUAGACAAAAUAUUUUCUGCAGAGAUACCAGAUGAAAAGACAGAUGUAGAAUAUUACAAAGCGGUAGAGGAAUUUAUGAUGCAUGGUCCAUGUGGAAAAGCAAGGAGCAAUUCUCCAUGUAUGGUAAAUGCACGAUGCUCAAAACAUUUUCCUAAGAGAUUUGUUGAGAGUUCUACAUUUGAUGACGAUGGUUACCCGGUAUAUAGAAGGAGAGACAAUGGCAGUAUAGUUACAAAGAACGGGAUCGCGUUGGACAACAGGUACAUAUCCCCAUGUGAAGCGGUCUGGAGUUUGUUUGGUUUUGAUAUACAGCUUAGGGCUCCUUCAGUGGAAAGGUUAAGCUUUCACCUUCCUAAUCAACAGAGUGUGGUAUUUGCAGAUGAUGAUCCUGUUGAGAACAUUGUUAAUAGACCCACUAUAGCACAGAUCAUGUUCUUGGAAUGGUUUGAGGCGAAUAAGACAUUCCCAGAUGCAAGAGAGCUUACUUAUGUUGAGAUGCCAACGAGAUUUGUUUGGAAGAAAGACCUUAGAAAAUGGCAGCCACGGAAAAAAAGGUUCUCAAUCGGAAGGAUAUUCUAUGUCCCGCCAGCUACUGGAGAAAUCUUUUAUUUGAGGUGUUUGUUGAAUAAAAUACGUGGCCCUACAAGUUAUGCAGAUAUCAGGACUGUAAAUGGUGUCCACUAUGUCUCAUUUCGAGAUGCGUGUUAUGCAAGAGGUUUAGUUGAUGAUGAUAACGAAUAUGUUGAUGCAAUAGAUGAAGCCAGUCAUUGGGCGUCAGCAGAUCAAUUGAGGAGAUUAUUUGUUACAUUGCUAAUGAGCAGUUGCAUGGAUUUUGUGUUGACCGAAUCUCACAAGAUGAACUUUGCUUUAGUGGAGAUUGAAAAACUAUUAUCUAUUCAUGGUAAGAGUUUGAAGGACUAUCCUGAAAUGCCUACGGCAAAUUUUGCGGCCUUAAACGUUAUAUCAAACAGGUUAAUACAAGAAGAAUUAGCAUAUGACUGUAUGGAACAGGAGAAAGAGAACCAGGAAUUGGUAAGGCAAUUAACCGAAGAGCAAAAGGUCAUAUACAAUGAGGUGUUAACCGAUAUUGAUCGCCAAACUGGCGGGUUAUUCUUCGUUUAUGGUUAUGGAGGGACUGGUAAGACGUUUUUGUGGCGAGCAUUGUCCUCCGCGUUAAGAACUGCACAUUCUCGGUUUGCCAUACCGAUAUCUAUUAAUGAAGAUUCCACUUGCAACAUAAGUCACGGCAGUCAACUAGCAGAGCUUAUUGUGCAAAGCAAGUUGAUAAUAUGGGAUGAAGCUCCAAUGAUGCACAAAUUUUGUUUUGAAGCCCUAGACCGAACUAUGAGGGAUUUGUUGCGCUUCAAAAAUCCAAGGAGUUAUGAUAUGACAUUUGGUGGUAAAACAGUUGUUUUCGGUGGUGAUUUGAGGCAGAUUUUACCAGUAAUUCCGAAGAGUACCAGACAAGAUAUUGUCCGGGCAAGCAUUAGCUCCUCAUAUCUUUGGAAAUUCUGCAAAGUAUUUAGGCUAACUAAGAAUCUACGCCUGAGAAAUGUACAAUCACAAAUCGAGGGUAAAGAGAUCGAGGAGUUUGCAAAAUGGAUAGCUAAUAUAGGUAACGGAACUGUUGGUAAUCAACGUGAUGGUGAGUCAGAUAUUACAGUUCCAGAACAUUUAUUGCUGAGGUGCGAGGAUUACCCUAUUGCUACAAUUGUUGAUAGCACCUUCCCUAAUUUUAGACUAGGGAUUGGCGAUCUGUCAUAUCUUAAUGAUAGUGCAAUUUUGGCUCCAACACUGGAUGUGGUAGAUAGCAUUAACCAAUACAUGAAUGAUCAUAAUCCGGCAGAGGGUAAGACUUACUUGAGUUGUGAUUCUGUUUGUAAGUCAGAUUCAAAUGUUGACAUGUUAGCAGAUUUUCACACUCCCGAAUUCUUGAAUGGCCUGAGAUGUUCUGGAGUACCACAUCAUGCUUUGACAUUGAAAGUUGGGUCACCCGUUAUGCUCUUGAGAAAUAUUGAUCACACACUAGGACUAUGCAACGGUACAAGGUUGAUUGUUACUAGGUUAGCUGAUCACGUGUUGGAAGGCAAGAUCAUGUGCGGUACAAAUGCAGGAACACGACCUAAUACUCCCCUUCAAGCUGACGAGGGACAUGAGACCACGCCAAGAUUGAACUGUAGAUCACCAAAGCGAGUAAAAGAGAGCGGUUUGGUGAAGAUGUCUGCGAGCUGA